AUGUCCAUCUGGAACCAGGCCAAGACCGUGUGGCAUUGCCAGACAUGCUUGUGCGAAAACCAAAACUCCGAUGACAAGUGUGCUGCCUGUGGUGAGGCCAAAGCGGGUGCCAAGACAGCAGCCCCAGCUGCUGCCACAACCGCGGCAGCCACACCCAGCACGCAGGCCCCAGCGGCCGCAGCCCAGGUGGCGCCAACCGGCAUCUGGGCUCAGGCGGCUUCGGUGUGGCACUGUGAUACUUGUCUCUGUGAGAACAAAAAGGGUGAUGACAAAUGUGCGGCGUGUGGUGCGUCCAAGGGUGGCGCCACGGCCGCGGCCACCACUGCUCCUGCUGCUGACACAAAGACCGGCUUUACGUUUGGCGGUGAUGCAGCGGCGCGUGCAUUGACCAACAAACCGGCGGCCAGCUCUGGCUUCAAGUUUGGGGGAGAUGCCGCCAAGCAAAGCCCGGCCACGGUGGGCGGCUUCAAGUUUGGUGGCAUGCCGGCGGCCAGCUCUGGGUUCAAGUUUGGGGGUGACGCCUCCAAGCAAGCCACUGCUUCCGUGGACGCCAAAGCAGAGGACAGUAAGGCCGAGACAGAGACAGAAACCAAGAAGGUGGAGACCAAGACGAGUGGUAAGCGCACUGCGGCUGACAGCCACCCCGAGGCCCAAGAGAGCAGUGAAAAGGUAGCCGACGAAGCUGAAAGUGAAGACGCCAAGGAUGCUGAGACCAAGGCCGAGAAGGAGACGGAGACGGAGCAGGAGGCCGAGGCCAAGCCGGAAGAGGAAAAGAAAGAGGCUGAGGAGGAGGAUGAUGGUCGCCCUCAGCGAGCCAAGCGGGCCAAGCGCAAUUAG